CUAUAAAGGAAGCCUGGUCUUGCAAAUCCAGCAUGCUGUGAGCGCAGAGGAGAAAGUGACAGUCAUAGAACAGUGUGUUACAUCUGAUGAGCUAGAUGGUUUGAGGGAUCGCUUGUACUCUGAACUGUCAAACAGUAAGAAGGAGAUUGACACAAUGAGGAAUGACCUGCAGUACUGGAAAAAUGAAACUUUGACUAUUUUGAAAAAUUAUCUGAUCCUCAAGGAAAAUUCUGGUGAACCAACUUGUGAUCUCACCACUAUUAAUGAGAAGUUGACUAGCUUGCAGCUGCAACCUAGUACCUGCAAUACAACUGAAGAAAUCCUUGACCAAGUGAGAGCAGUUAUGGAGAGCUACAAAAGAAUUCAGUCCCAAGAACUACGUGAGAUCAUCUCAGAGAUGAGCAGUGGUCGCCUGCCCCUCGGUACCUUCCUCAACCCGGCCCCGUCUUGUAAGCUCGUGCCCGAAGGCAGCUCCUCUGGAAACUACUGGAUCCAGAAUGUUGGUACUGGCUACGCUAGUCUGGAGUACUGUGACAUGAGUAGGAGGUGCUGCGGGAGUACUGGAGGGUGGAUGAGAGUGGCCCACCUUGACAUGACCAACCCCACUCACCACUGCCCCACUGCGUUCAAGAAAAUCGACACUCCAAAGAGGACCUGCGGACGACCCGGUAGUGGGAAUUGCUACUCCACAACUUAUUCUGUUGAUGGGAUAUCAUAUUCACGUGUCUGUGGUAAGAUUAAGGCCUAUCAGUACAUAAGCCCAGAUGCUUUCCAUUCAUAUUAUAUCAAUCGAGCAAGAACCAUUGAUGAUAUAUACGUUGAUGGGAUUAGUUUAACCCAAGGUCGAAAUCCUCGCAAACACAUCUGGACAUUUGCUAAUGCAGUGGAUGAAGUCCGUAGCAAUUCACUUGUUUGCCCAUGUACGAAAACCGACACUCCUUACACUGGGGUUGUACCACCUUUUGUUGGAAACGACUACUUCUGUGACACUGGAAGCCGAUACCAUUUUGCAAACCAGUUCUACAGAGAGGACCCACUGUGGGAUGGAGCUGGAUGUGGGGGUACCAGCACCUGCUGUCAGUUCAACAAUCCUCCGUGGUUUUGUAAGCAGCUACCACAACCAAGUACUGAUGAUAUCGAGUUAAGGCUCUGUGCUGAUCAAAGUACUGGCGAUGAGAACAUUGCUAUCGAAGCUAUUGAACUAUAUGUCCAAUAAGAAGAUAUUUUAGGUAUAGACUUAAUUGUCUACAAUUAUCAUUGAUGCCAUGCAUAAUUAUAGUUGCAUCAUAGAUAAACGAAUGGUUGCAUGUACUUAUAAUUAUAAUACUCCUUUUCCAAACACUG